UCCCGCGCCUGUGACGUCACCAGCACAGUCGCCGCUGUCACUAGAGGGGAUGAAGUCAGAGAGGAGUUGUUUGUCCAACUCCAGCCGCUAACUGUUUCAAGACGUUUUUGCCCGCUUCAGAGUCUAUCUGGGCGGCAAAGAUGUGAUCGGAUGUUCGGCUGGACAACAUUUCAAGAGGAAAAGGAGGCUCGCUGGUGUUAGCAUCGUCAAAUGUUAGCUGGCUAGCUGGCGGGAGGAGACGUACAGUGCACGCAGCACAUGGCUUGUAUCCUGCUGAGGAACAUGAACACGUCCACUUCCUGCCCGGCGCCGCAUCAGGUCGACACCCCCCCCCCAGACCAGCGCCCCGCAGCCGACCCCAAGCAGAGCGCCGCAUGCCUGAGCGUCCGCCUGUACCACGCCGGCGGUGCGGAAAGCGUCCUCACCUACCCGCCCGGCGAGUACGUGGCGGAGGAGCUCUGCAUCCUGGCGGCCAAAGCGUGCGGUAUCGCUCCUUUGUACUUCAACUUGUUCGGCCUGAUGAGGGAGAGCGAGCAGCUGUGGUUUCCUCUCAACCACGUCUUCAAACUGCAGCCUCCAGCCAGCGAGAGCCUGCACUUUAGAAUCAGGCACUACUUUCCUGGCUGGUACAACAGCGGCACUUCCUCCUACGCUCACCGCUGCGGUCUCUCCAAGGGCCUGGACAGUCCUGUGAUGGACGACACCGUCUUGGCAUACCACUUUUUCCAGUGGAGAAGCGACUUCCUGGGCGGCAGGGUUGUGAUGCCAAUGGGCCACGAGGCCCAGGAAGAGUGUCUGGGCAUGGCGGUGCUGGACAUGAUGCGUCUGGCCAGAGAGAGCGGCCAAUCCCCUGUCAGCAUCUACAAUGAUACCAGCUACAAGUCCUUCCUGCCCAGCUGCAUGCGUAGCCGCAUCCAGAGGUACAACAUCCUGACCCGCAAGCGCAUCCGCUUCUGCUUCAAGAAGUUCAUCCAGCAGUGCAGCGAGUGCAAGGCCACCGUGUGCAAGCUGCGCCUCAAGUACCUGAUGAGCCUGGAGACGCUGCUCCCCUCGCUGCACACCGAGCGCUUCCACGUGGCCGACCUGUCGGCGCACCGCCUCACCAUCGUCGUCACGGGCAACAAGGGCAUCCAGUGGUCCAAAGGGAAAACCGCGGAGGCGGAGGAGGAGCUGCAGACUUACUGCGACUUCCCCGAGGUGAUCGACAUCAGCAUCAAGCAGGCCAACAAGGAAGGCUCGGCAGAAAGUCGAAUAGUCACCCUGACCAGACAGGACAACCAGAUCCUGGAAGUGGAGUUCCACUCUCUGUGCACGGCCUUGUCCUUCGUGUCGUUAGUGGAUGGUUACUACCGACUGGUGGCAGACGCGCACCAUUACCUGUGCAAAGAGGUGGCCCCGCCCAGGCUCCUGGAGUGCGUGCAGAGCCACUGCCACGGCCCCGUAUCGAUGGAGUUCACCAUCAGCAAGCUGCGUCGCUCCGGCAACCACCAGGGUCUCUACAUGCUGCGCCGUAGCCCCCGGGACUACGACAAGUUCUUUAUGUCCUUCGUGGUGGGGCACGAGGCCGCAGUGGACUACAAACACUGCCAGAUAGUGAGGAGCGAGUCACAAGAGUACGUCCUGAGCGGCACCAAGAGAUGCUUCAGCUCGCUGGUGGAACUUCUGGACUGCUACCAGAAGGAGGCGCUGCACACCGACGGCUACACCUUCCGGCUGACCAAGUGCUGCCCGCCCAGCCCCAAACACAAAUCCAACCUGCUGGUGUGUCGCAGCAACCAAAGUCCAGAGGUUCUUCUGUCCCCGUCUCUCCACAAAGGCAUCAGCCAGAUGGUUUUCCACAAGAUACGAAAAGAAGACCUCAUCUUCAAGGAGAGUCUGGGCCAGGGCACCUUCACCAAGGUCUUCUUCGGCGUCAGGAAGGAGCUGGGAGACUAUGGAGAGCUUCACCAGAUGGACGUGGUGGUCAAGAUCCUGGACAAAGCCCAUCGCAGCUACUCUGAGUCCUUCUUCGAAGCCGCGAGCAUGAUGAGUCAGCUUUCCCACAAGCACCUGCUCCUCAACUACGGCGUCUGCGUUUGCGGCGACGAGAACAUGACGGUCCAAGAGCACGGCAGGUUCGGCUCCCUGGACACCUACUUGAAGAAGAACAAGGGCAGCAUCAACAUCGUGUGGAAGCUGGAGGUGGCCAAGCAGCUGGCCUGGGCCAUGCACUACCUGGAGGACAAGAACGUGGUCCACGGUCACGUGUGCGCCAAGAACGUCCUGGUGAUCCGGAAGGAGGACCGCAAGACGGGCAGCCUGCCCUUCGUCAAGCUCAGCGACCCCGGCAUCGGCGUCAGCGUGCUUCCUCAAGAAGUUCUGGUGGAGCGGAUCCCCUGGGUGCCGCCUGAAUGCAUCGGAAACCCGCCCGACCUGAGUUUGGCCACGGACAAGUGGGGCUUUGGCGCCACCCUGUGGGAGAUCUGCAGCGGCGGAGAUAAGCCGCUCUGCACGCUGGACUACCGCAAGAAGAUGAUGUUCUACGAGGACCGCCACCAGCUGCCGGCUCCCAAAUGGACAGAGCUGGCCAACCUGAUCCACAGCUGCAUGGACUACGAGCCCACUCACCGCCCGUCCUUCCGAGCCGUCAUCCGAGACCUCAACAGUCUCUUCACGCCAGACUACGAGCUGCUGGUGGAGAGCGACAUGGUGCCCGCCCGGGCGCGGGGCCUGGGCUUUCCCUGGGCCUCCGAGUGCCAGGAUCCCGCGCAGUUUGAGGAGCGACACCUCAUCUUCCUCAAGCAGCUGGGAAAGGGCAACUUUGGCAGCGUGGAGAUGUGCCGCUACGACCCGCUGCAGGACAGCACGGGGGAGGUGGUGGCCGUCAAGAAGCUGCAGCACAGCACGGCCGAGCACCUGCGCGACUUUGAGCGCGAGAUCGAGAUCCUCAAGUCUCUUCACCACGACAACAUCGUCAAGUACAAAGGAGUGUGCUACAGCGCAGGGCGGAGGAACCUGCGCCUGAUCAUGGAGUAUCUUCCCUACGGCAGCCUGCGGGACUACCUCUUGAAGAACAAAGUGCACUUUGACUCCAAGAAGCUCCUGCUCUACGCGGUGCAGAUUUGCAAGGGCAUGGACUACUUGGCCACCAAGCGUUACAUCCACAGGGACCUGGCAAGCAGGAACAUUCUAGUGGAGAGCGAGAUGAGGGUGAAGAUCGGCGACUUCGGACUGACCAAAGUCCUGCCCCAGGACAAGGAAUACUACACGGUCAGGGAGCCUGGAGAGAGCCCCAUCUUCUGGUAUUCUCCCGAGUCUUUGACGGAGAGCAAGUUCUCGGUGGCGUCGGACGUGUGGAGUUUUGGCGUGGUCCUCUACGAGCUGUUCACCUACUGCGACAAAGGCAGCAGCCCACCUGCGGUGUUCAUGGAGAAGAUGGGCCACGAGAAGCAAGGUCAGAUGAUCGUCUAUCACCUCAUCGACCUCCUCAAGCAAGGAUACCGCUUACCUGCGCCGCACACCUGUCCUCGCCAGAUCCAGCAGCUGAUGUGUGAGUGUUGGAGCAGCCAUCCUGCAAGCAGACCCACUUUUCCCUCCUUGAUCCAAAGUGUGGAGGCGGCACGAAGCCUCUUGGACGUCUGAUAUCGUCUCUGCUGCAAGCCGUAUCCUUCUGCAUCCAACAGUAUCCUCGUGACGUCCACACCACCGUACACCCGAACAUUGGCUGGUAUCGUCCACACCACCAUACACCUGAACAUUGAGUGGUAUCGUCCACACCACCAUACACCUGAACAUUGGCUGGUAUCGUCCUCACCGCCAUACACCUGAACAUUGGCUGGUAUCGUCCACACCACCAUACACUUGAACAUUGAGUGGUAUCGUCCACACCACCAUACACCUGAACAUUGAGUGGUAUCGUCCACACCACCAUACACCUGAACAUUGAGUGGUAUCGUCCUCACCACCAUACACCUGAACAUUGAGUGGUAUCGUCCAGAACGCCAUACACCCGAACAUUGAGUGGUAUCGUCCACAACGCCAUACACCUGAACAUUGGCUGGUAUCGUCCACACCACCAUACACCUGAACAUUGGGUGGUAUCGUCCACACCACCAUACACCUGAACAUUGGGUGGUAUCGUCCACACCACCAUACACCUGAACAUUGAGUGGUAUCGUCCACACCACCAUACACUUGAACAUUGAGUGGUAUCGUCCACACCACCAUACACCUGAACAUUGAGUGGUAUCGUCCACACCACCAUACACCUGAACAUUGGCUGGUAUCGUCCACACCACCAUACACCUGAACAUUGAGUGGUAUCGUCCACACCACCAUACACCUGAACAUUGAGUGGUAUCGUCCACACCACCAUACACCUGAACAUUGAAUGGUAUCGUCCACACCACCAUACACCUGAACAUUGAGUGGUAUCGUCCUCACCACCAUACACCUGAACAUUGAGUGGUAUCGUCCACACCACCAUACAGCUGAACAUUGGCUGGUAUCGUCCUCACCACCAUACACCCGAAUAUUGGCUGGUAUCGUCCACACCACCAUACACCUGAACAUUGAGUGGUAUCGUCCACACCACCAUACACCUGAACAUUGAGUGGUAUCGUCCACACCACCAUACACCUGAACAUUGAGUGGUAUCGUCCACACCACCAUACACCUGAACAUUGAGUGGUAUCGUCCACACCACCAUACACCCAAACAUUGAGUGGUAUCGUCCACACCACCAUACACCCGAACAUUGGCUGGUAUCGUCCUCACCACCAUACACCUGAACAUUGGCUGGUAUCGUCCACACCACCAUACACCUGAACAUUGGCUGGUAUCGUCCUCACCACCAUAUACCUGAACAUUGAGUGGUAUCGUCCACACCACCAUACACCUGAACAUUGAGUGGUAUCGUCCACACCACCAUACAGCUGAACAUUGGCUGGUAUCGUCCUCACCACCAUACACCCGAACAUUGGCUGGUAUCGUCCACACCACCAUACACCUGAACAUUGAGUGGUAUCGUCCACACCACCAUACACCUGAACAUUGAGUGGUAUCGUCCACACCACCAUACACCUGAACAUUGAGUGGUAUCGUCCUCACCACCAUACACCUGAACAUUGGCUGGUAUCGUCCACACCACCAUACACCUGAACAUUGGCUGGUAUCGUCCUCACCACCAUACACCUGAACAUUGAGUGGUAUCGUCCACACCACCAUACACCUGAACAUUGAGUGGUAUCGUCCACACCACCAUACAGCUGAACAUUGGCUGGUAUCGUCCUCACCACCAUACACCCGAACAUUGGCUGGUAUCGUCCACACCACCAUACACCUGAACAUUGAGUGGUAUCGUCCUCACCACCAUACACCUGAACAUUGAGUGGUAUCGUCCACACCACCAUACACCUGAACAUUGAGUGGUAUCGUCCACACCACCAUACACCUGAACAUUGAGUGGUAUCGUCCACACCACCAUACACCCAAACAUUGAGUGGUAUCGUCCACACCACCAUACACCCGAACAUUGGCUGGUAUCGUCCUCACCACCAUACACCUGAACAUUGGCUGGUAUCGUCCACACCACCAUACACCUGAACAUUGGCUGGUAUCGUCCUCACCACCAUACACCUGAACAUUGAGUGGUAUCGUCCACACCACCAUACACCCGAACAUUGGCUGGUAUCGUCCUCACCACCAUACACCUGAACAUUGGGUGGUAUCGUCCACACCACCAUACACCUGAACAUUGAGUGGUAUCGUCCACACCACCAUACACCUGAACAUUGAGUGGUAUCGUCCACACCACCAUACACCCGAACAUUGAGUGGUAUCGUCCACACCACCAUACACCCAAACAUUGAGUGGUAUCGUCCUCACCACCAUACACCCGAACAUUGAGUGGUAUCGUCCACACCACCAUACACCUGAACAUUGAGUGGUAUCGUCCACACCACCAUACACCCAAACAUUGAGUGGUAUCGUCCUCACCACCAUACACCCGAACAUUGAGUGGUAUCGUCCACACCACCAUACACUUGAACAUUGAGUGGUAUCGUCCUCACCACCAUACACCCGAACAUUGAGUGGUAUCGUCCUGGACAUUAUAUUCAUGAACUUUUAAAAUCUUUUUACUGGCAGCUUUUCAAAAUAAUAUAUUUUUAUAUUUAGUGACUAGAGGUGAAGAGUAAGUACGCCACAGGUGAGCAGAGAAGAUGUGACAGGUGAGCAUCCUUCAGUGAUGACGUCCUAUAUUUGCUGUCCACUAGCAGAGCAGCAAAGAUAUUUAUGUUGCAGACGAGGCGUCACUCUGAUCACUUUCCUCUGACUUUAGGACAUAAACACAUGACAAACUUG